AUGAUAUGUCAAGGUCAUCUUCUUCCAGGGAUCUCAGCGAUCCACCACAGUCUUGACAUCUCCUACGGAAAGGAUGGAAUCAGCGGCAUUAUUGGCUCCGGAUACGUGGCUGGAGCUGCUUUCCUUGCCUCGCUUGGAGGCUUUUCCUUCGGCUAUGACCAGGGCGUCAUCUCCAUCAUCAAUGUUAUGCCGCUGUUUCACAACGCUUACCCAGAGACAAAGACGGCAUUUGGCACGGGCUUCAUGACGGGCAUGCUCCUGCUCGGUGCCUUCUUUGGAUGUCUCUUCAUGCCAUACUUAGCUGAUAAGAUUUCUCGAAAGUGGGCUUUGACAGUCGUCGUUGUUAUAUUCGACAUUGGUGCCAUCAUCCAGACAUCGGCUACAAACUAUGGUAUGCUGGUUGCCGGCAGAGCUAUUGGAGGAAUUGGAGUUGGCACACUUGCCAUGGGUGCACCGCUGUACAUUUCCGAAAUCUCCCCGCCGAACCUCCGAGGAACGCUCCUCGUGCUCGAGUCUAUAUCGAUCGUGUCCGGCGUCGUGAUUGCAUUCUGGAUCACCUUUGCCACACGAAAUAUCCCCAGUGAACUCUCAUUCAGACUCCCCCUCGGGCUGCAAAUGGUCUGCGCCACGUUUCUGGGAUUCGGCAUUCACUUCUUCCCUUACUCCCCUCGUUGGCUUGCCUUGGUCAACAGGCCUACAGAAGCCUUGUCCAGUCUCAGCCGACUGAGAAGCUUGCCCACAACCGAUGAGCGAGUCCAAGCUGAAUACAAAUCCAUUGUCGCCGAGGUCGAGUUUCAGAAACUGGUGCAAGAAGCCAAGUACUCCGGGGUGGGCGGCUUGAAGCUGGAGGCUUUGCUCUGGUUGGAUCUUUUUGACCGCAAGAAAUGGCGCCGUCUCGCCGUCGGAUGUGGCGUUUGCUUCUUCCAGCAAUUCAGCGGCAUCAAUGCCUUCAUCUACUACGCGCCGACUCUAUUUCGGUCCAUUGGACAGUCCGACGAAAUGUCCUUGAUUCUAUCAGGCGUGUUCAAUAUCUUACAGCUUGUUGCGGUGGCUGUCUGCUUUGUGGUCAUCGACAAAGUCGGCCGCCGUCCUCUGGCCAUUAUCGGAGGAUUCGGCACAGCUGCUUGUUACGCCGUCAUCGCCGUUCUCGCCGGUCUUUAUUCUAAAGAUUGGGGUGCAAGCCCAGCUGCUGGAUGGGCAUGCGUGGCAAUGGCAUUUGCCUUUAUCCUCGUCUAUGGAGUUUCCUACUCUCCCUUGGGUUGGGCUCUACCUCCAGAAGUCUUUUCCACAUCCUCCCGCGCCAAGGGUGUUGCUUUGGCAACUUGUGUGAAUUGGCUGGCCAACUUUACAGUGGGCGUUGCAACGCCGCCUAUGCUGGAGUCUAUUGGCUUUGGAACGUACGUCUUCUUUGCAGUGUUUUGUGGUCUUGCUGGAGUUUGGGCUGUCCUGCUUGUGCCGGAGACCAUGGGGCGGACGCUGGAGCAGAUGGACGAAGUGUUUGGAGAUAUGAGUGGGCGGGAAGAGAUGGAAAUGAUGAGACAGGCGGUAUAUUCUGCUGAGCAUAUUGUGGCUACUGGACAGACUGUUUGA